AUGGUUUUGGCAGGCACGACCGCCUCAGGAUAUUGUGGAUCGCCGACGAAUUGUGCUUGCGGCGUUUGCAUCGCGUGCACCGCCUCGAGCGCAACUUACCCGAGUGGCAUCCCGAACUGGAAUUGGGGUAGCAACUCCAUUAGUCCUUGUUAUUCUGUGAGCACUUAUUGUACUUCCAGGUUGGAGAUCAACAUUGAGUACACGGCGGCGACGCCUAACCCGACACCCAACCCGACGCCCAACCCGACGCCCAACCCGACGCCCAACCCGACGCCCAACCCGACGCCCAACCCGACGCCCAACCCGACGCCCAACCCGACGCCCUACCCGACGCCUUACCCGACGGCUUUCCCGACGCCCUACCCGACUCCCUACCCGACGGCCUUCCCGACGGCCUUCCCGACUACUUACCCGACGGCUUUCCCGACGGCCUUCCCGACGGCCUUCCCGACUGCUUACCCGACGGCCUUCCCGACGGCCUUCCCGACGCCCAGCCCGACGCCGAGCCCGACAUACCCUCCAGGUUGGCCGACGCCGCAUCCUACAUUUCCUGCCGGUUUCGCUCCCCCGGCGAUGGGCGCGGCUGGAGCCGGCGGAGCUGUGGCUGCUACUGGCGAUCCGCACUUGCAGAACAUCUUUGGUGAGCGGUUCGACUUGAUGCAGCCUGGCAAGCACGUCUUGAUACAGAUUCCACAGGGAGAGCCUGCCGAGAAGACGCUGCUUAACGUAGAGGCCUUGGCACAACAACUGGGGGGGCACUGCUCAGACAUGUACUUCCAAGAAGUGAAUAUUACAGGGGCUUGGGCGGAGGCGAGGCAGACCGGCGGGCUUCGUUUCCAAGUUCAGAGUGAAGGGAUGGGCUGGACAAAAUUCGGGGUGCUAGAAAUGAAGAUUGCCCGUGGGCACACACAGCAGGGCACUCAGUACCUCAAUUUCUACAUCAAGCACCUCCAUCGUGCUGGGUUCGCCAUCGGAGGGCUGCUGGGAGAAGAUGACCACACGCAGGCGUCGAUGCAUACGGCAGCUUGCGUUCGGCACUUCCCCGUUUGA